AUGACAUCCACCGGCGGCCUCUCGCGGCGGCGCGUCCCCAACGCCGCCUCAGCUGACGACCCCGACGACGACGCCUGGGGCCUCUCCGCGUCCUCGUCCACCACAUCCAACUCGUCCACGACGAACAAGACUAACGGCGGCGCCCCGCUCUCGCAUGCGGGCUCGGCGUUCGAGGGCGGCAGUAAGAUCGCGUAUGACCCGCGCGACCUGGAAAGAGAGGACGAGGACGUGCGUCAGGGCGGGCGCGCGCCGAAGUUGACGAUCAUGGAGGAGGUGCUGUUGCUUGGGUUGAAAGAUAAGCAGGGCUAUUUAUCAUUCUGGAACGACAACAUCUCGUACGCAUUACGCGGCUGCAUCCUCAUGGAGCUCGCGCUGCGACGGCGCAUCGCAGUCGUGCGCGAUCCAAACCGGAGACAGCUCCCAGUCUCUGAACGCGUGGUGGAGGUGAUCGACGACCGGCAAACCGGCGAGACACUACUCGACGAAACACUCAAGAUGAUGAAGGCGCAGGAGAGCGUGGAGCGGAUGCCGGUCAACACGUGGGUUGACCUGCUCAGCGGCGAGACGUGGAACGUGAUGAAGAUCGGCUUUCAGCUGAAGCAGGUGCGCGAGCGGCUCGCAAAGGGACUCGUCGACAAGGGCGUGCUCCGGACGGAGAAGCGCAACUUUUUGCUGUUCGAUAUGGCGACGCACCCGGUCGCGGACGUGAGGACGAAGGACGCAGUGGUGGGACGCGUCGUUGCGCUGCUGACGGCGCAGACGAGCGCGGUGCCGGCGACGGCGCUGCAGAAAGAGGGCACGCAGGCGCGGGCGGCACGGGCGGUGUGUCUCGCGUGUGCGGCGUACGCGGCGAGCGUGCUGGACAAUGCGUUUGCGAUGCUCUCGUACGAGGAGCGCGAGGCGGCGUUCCAGCGGUGCGACGACAUCCUCGCCGAGUUUGCGUGCUGGCCGUUUGGGAGCGCGAGUGCGGGCACGGGCAAGGGCGCGCCGGCGCGGAGACGGGAGGCGGCGAGGAUUGGGAUGGGGAGCGCGGGGGUGAGUGGGCGGGAGGCGGUGCUCGGGCUGGUGAUGGAGGUGAAGCGGGAGAUGCAGGGUGAGGAGGAUCUGUGCUUUGAGCUGAUCGCGGGGGUGCUGGAGGUGCUGUCGAAGCUGGAUUCGUUGCUGCUCUGA